AAGAUGAUUCAUUAAGCUGACCUGUGCCUCAAGAGAUCAGGGAGGAUUGCUGAGAUUGGCUGUGGACCAGAAGAGACAGCUAAUUGUGUGGGCAAACAGCGCUGUCGUCUAGGCAGCACAAAAAUCGCAAUUUGAGAUCUGGGUUGACAGUACUGACUGUGUGACCUUGAGUAGGUGACUGUCCUCUGAGCUUGCCUCCUUAUAUAAAAAUACACAGUAUAUAAAAUACAGAGAAUAAUCCUUGCCCUUUCUGCCCCUUGAGAGGGUUGGAAGCUCCCGUGAGCUAGCAGAUGAGAACUCUGAAUUCCGCGGUAUCAGACAGAGGCACCGGAGGGGGGUCUUGGUAGCAGUAAAUGGGUCACACCCUCUUGGCGGCACAGGUCCGGGAGGCCCUGAGGAAAGCAGAGAAGGAACUGGAAUCACACAGCUCGUGGUGCGCUCCAGAGGCCCUUCAGAAGUGGCUGCAGCUGACACACGAGGUGGAGGUGCAGUACUAUCACAUCAAGAAGCAAAACGCCGAGAAGCAGCUGCUGGUGGCCAAGGAGGGGGCUGAGAAGAUAAAAAAGAAGAGAAACACACUCUUUGGCACCUUCCACGUGGCCCACAGCUCUUCCCUGGAUGACGUGGAUCACAAAAUCCUAACUGCGAAGCAAGCUCUGAGUGAGGUGACGGCAGCACUGCGGGAGCGCCUGCACCGCUGGCAGCAGAUUGAGAUCCUCUGCGGCUUCCAGAUUGUCAACAACCCGGGCAUCCACUCCCUGGUGGCUGCUCUCAACAUCGACCCCAGCUGGAUGGGCAGCUCGCGCCCCAACCCCGCCCACUUCAUCAUGACUGACGACGUGGACGACAUGGAUGAGGAGAUUGUGUCACCCCUGUCCAUGCAAUAUGCUGCCUGGCUGAUGGGGCGUAGGUUCAGUGACCGCUCUCUCUGCUCAGCAUCCGCCGGCUCGGAUGACCAGUCCCUCUGGAAAUACCCGGCUCCCACCCUGCAGUGCAGUGUCCGGCAGCGCCUGACGGAGCCACAGCAUGGCCUGGGAUCUCAGAGGUUGGUAGAGGGCGAGGCUGGCCACUUCUUGACAAGCCGGGUCUCUCUGCGGCGAAUGCGCAGCCUUCCGUCUGGACAGUCUUUCAGUUCUGAAGGCCACGGGACCAGCUCUCCAUCUGCCUCUGCUGCUUCUUCCUGCUCCUCCGCCACCACCACCUCCUCCGCCAUCACCACCCCCAUCACCACCGUCGAUGUCCACCCUGUUUAUUACAACCACAGCACUUCCUAUUUCCUCCAGAUGAAGCCCUACCCCGACCCACCCCCUUCUGACGGCAGCGCUGUGAUGCCUGCGCAUUCAGAGAGCUUGGGGGAUUUGACCCUUUCCGAUUCGGAGUCCUCCCUCCACAUGAGUGACCACCAGCGUAUGGCCCCCAAGCCUUCUCAGAUGGUCCGUGCUGCAGAUGAGGCCCCCGGUGCCAUGACUUCCAAUGGCAGCCACCGGCUGAUUGAGGGGGUCCACCUCGGGUCUUUGGUGGAGAAACUGCCUGACAGCCCUGCCCUGGCCAAGAAGGCACUCCUGGCGCUGAACCAUGGGCUGGACAAGGCCCACAGCCUGAUGGAGCUGAGCCCCUCAGCCCCACCUGGUGGCUCUCCACCUUUGGAUUCUUCCCGUUCUCACAGCUCCAGUUCCCCAGACCCAGACACGCCAUCUCCAGUUGGGGACAGCCGAGGCCUGCAGGCUAGCCGAAAUACACGCAUUCCCCAUCUGGCUGGCAAGAAGGCUGUGGCUGAGGAGGAUACUGGCUCCAUUGGCGAGGAGACAGACUCCAGCCCAGGCCGGAAGAAGUUUCCCCUCAAAAUCUUUAAGAAGCCUCUUAAGAAGUAGGCAGGAUGAGAGUGGCAGUGGCGGGACAGCUUGUCCUUCCCUGGUCUUCUGCGUCCCCUUCCUCCCCUUCCAAGAUACCUGGCGCCUAGAGUGGGGCAUGGGAGGGGCUGGCCCAGGGGCCUGGGCACUGUACAUACCUGCCCCCCUCAUCCUUGGGUCCUUCAACAUUAUUUAUUAACUGACCACCAUGGCCUGCCUGCCCUGCCUUUCUCCCAACCAUGGGCUGCUGCUGCCACUCCCUCUCUACUUCAGUGCAUGUCUUAGUUGCUGUCCCCUCAGAUCCCACCUCCACCUCUGGGGUCCAGCUUCUGUCUCUGCUGUCCCAGUUUUGAAGUUUGGCUUCUUGUUUCUCUGUUUCCUGCUUUCAGGCUCCUCCCUCCCACCACUCCCCAACUUCCCCUAGCAGCUGGUGGGGGGGGGAAGAUGGGAGUCACUUCCGACCUCUGUGCCUCAGACCUGUUCCACCCCACCCACGGUGGUUCUGUUUGCCUCAGACUGGGGCCUAGGGCCUACUAUUUGAGGCUUGUUCUUUGGGAGUGUGGUGGGCCAGAAGGAAACUUGGCCUGGAGCUUGCUAGAGCCUCCAGGGGUUCAUGGGGGAGUGGAACACAUUCCUAGAGAAUGAGCUACUAGAGAAUUUUGAAGAGAGGCUAGGCUAGGGGGUAGGUCAGGAGAGACCCCUCUUAGUUGGGGAAUGAGUAGGUGCCAGAGUUGUGGGCUACAGGGCAGUCACCUUUCUCUCUUCUCUCACCUACACCUGCGUCUUUCUUACCCACACUGCAGGAGGGUUUGACUGUAAGAGGUGCUGCCCAAAGGCUCCCCAAACAUCAGUACUCCUGGAACUCAGUACAAGUGGCUCCCCUGGCCAUGGGAGCCUCAGCCAUGAUACAGGGCUCUCCUGGGGCCCUGGAGA